AUGUCAACAUCACCAAUUGUUCCUCCGGGCGGUCAAUUCCCUGUCCCACCCUCCUCAGCAACGCCGUUUCUAUCCCUCCGAUGCGCCCCUGCCAUCCGCCCUUACUUGCCAGCUGACGUAGAUUCGAGAGAUGAAUUCGCCGUUAAUGCGAUUCUCAUCGAUACACCAGUCCGCUUCGCGCAACUUCCAAACUCAGCUCCGAUUACAUCCACGUCUGGCUCUUCGUUGAGAGUGACAGUGGCCAUCGAUGGAAGGACUCUUGCUUCGGGCAUCGUCCCUCUGAAUGCUACUAAGCACGCUUUGUCUUUUUCGCUGAAGUCACUCAAACCACAAGCGAGUCCGUACAACUUGUCAUGUACUGCUACUCUCGACUCUUCCCCAGCGCAAACCUUUCACGCCAGUGGCGCUUUGACGUUCCUACCCGACCCUCCUGCCGGGAUAGGGUCAGUCACCAAAAUGGAUCUACGAACCGGAGCACUUCUUGCCCGUCCAGCUAACGGGAAAGGUGGUGACUUUGCCCCCGUCUUCCCAAUUGGUUUCUACACGCAAUUCGAUAGCUAUCUAGCCAAGAACUUGAGUGUACUGAAUGAAUUAAAGGCACAGGGCUUCACCAUUGUCCACCCAGUUCCAACGUUCAGCAGCCCUGAUGCGUUGAAGGCCGUUCUAGACCGCAUGCAAGAAGUUGGACUCUACCUAAUGUAUGAUAUGCGGGGUACAUACAUGAAUGGAACCUCCGUUACUGCUCAAGUUAACGACAUCAAGUCUCGGCCAAACUUGCUCUUGUGGUAUACCGCAGACGAGCCCGACGGAACAUCUGACCCUCUUUCGGCAACAGCAGACUCGUACGACCUGAUCACCUCCCUCGACGGUGGCCCCUCUUCCUCUGCAGCUAAGACAGGGGGGAUAGGGUACCACCCUGUCUCACUCGUGCUCAACUGCGAAAAUUUCGAGUUCACUGCGUAUACGUCGGGAGCAGACAUUGUCAUGCAGGAUACCUACAUGAUCGGCAAUAACGUAACGUUCUCUUCUCAAUGGCAUACACCUUGUACCCCAGACUAUGGCGAUUGCGGAUGCGAUAAUUGCCAAGGAGAAUUUGAAGAUAUUUCUCGACGGAUGGAUGAAUUUGCAGAUCGCUUGUUUGUCAAUGGGUGGGACAGGAUGAAGGCUGUAUGGACGGUGCCUCAAGCUUUUGGACUGGAAACAUACUGGAAACGCUUGCCCACUGGCAAAGAAUUCAUUGUGCAAUCACUCCUUGGUGUCAAUCAUGGCGGCCUCGGUAUCGUUCCAUGGGAUGAUCCCACUCCCGCAGACAUCAAGGCUUCUGCAUCCUUGCUAGCCCUCGCGUUACCCAAGAUGACGCCGUUCAUAUUCAACCCCAUUGCGUCCUUCCAGCGGACCACUCUGAAUCGCGUAGAUAUCGGUUUAUGGACUGUUGGAAAGGAGACGCUCGUCGUUGCCACGAAUAUGAACAAUGCAGAAGUGUCGGUUGGAUUAUCAACCCUACCGGGUGGUGUGGGAUCGGGCGUACGGAUCGCCCAGGUCUUUGAUAGCGCCGCCAGGACGAAUACCAAUAAUAGCGGGUUUACAUUCGAAGCUAUUGGUAGUGGUGCUUGGGUGAUAACGAGGAGGUAA